GCGGCGUGACCGCGAUCAACAGCUAAAUUACAAUUUAGUGUCUGUCUCGAGCGGCCACAUUUCACUUCGCGAUACAGCCUUCGCGGAAACAGAUUUCGAAACGAGAUAUAUUGAAAGAUCCUGACGUAUACGCUUUCUUAGAGCGAGAUACACCGAGACGACGCAUUCAGCUCACGUGGCGACGAAAGUGUCGACUACCUGGAAAUCUCUUCGACUUGUUACGUGUUUCUUAUGCAUACGCAAUUCGCGGCUAGAGAGUCUAGCUCUUCUUUUCUGUGUAAAUAUCGUAAAUAUCGACGUGUAAAUGCCCAGGUGGAGUCGCAAGAGUUCCGCGUUAAAUGGACCAUGAAAUAUUUCACUCAAUUCAAUCCCCCUCCUCUUACUUCAUAAUUACUUCGUCCGUAUAUCAAGCGAGGCGAUUUAGCAUUCGAAUUUGGAAACUCCGGAGCAGGAUUGGUAACUUCUCCCCGUGGAAUUUAUACAGCCAUGCGUCACACGUGCAGCCGAGUCUUAGGAAAUGCCAUCGUGGCGCGGGAAAAAUUUUAUUUUGUGAUAAAUGCGUAACUCGAGCACUCGCUCGCGCGCGCCCGGCAUUUUGCAAUUUCCCAUUUCCAUCCCGCCGAGAUCCACCGAGAUGUCGUAACUUAUAUCUGCCGGCAAGUUUUUCCGCGGAAAGCGCGGAAGUUUGCACUCGUCGACGACGAGUGCAUUAUGCAUACACCCGCGUAUUGUUGUGCGGUGUGCCCGUUCCCCGUAACCGAUCGUUACGUACGUGCGAUUGGUUGAGGUUUCACGUCUUAUUCGGUAGCGGAAACUCUACGGUACCUAGAAUGGAACAGACCGCUAACGAUCCUCGACGAACGCUCACAACAGGGUUCGACGAUAAAAAGUUUCUGCGACGACAAAGAAGCGAGAUCGGGACAAGUCUUCUUGACUGGCUACUUUCACGUUUCGCGGUAACGUUUUGUCAACUACGGGGGUAUCGAGCGAGGGAGCUCCUCGGGAUGUUGAAGUUCCGAGUCGCAUCCGGCCAACGGAAAUGCGACGGCACGGUGAAUCCGGGAAGCAAGGCGGCUCAGCAGGGGGUGAGAGAGGGUGAUCUGAUCAGUAACAUUAAUGGAAGGAGCACUCGAGAUCUGACCAACAGCGAGGCGCACGCUCUGCUACGUAAUUCUGGGGAACAGUUGAAACUCGGUCUCAACCAAGAAAAUAUCGGUUCACCAAAGAGGAGGAUCUACAGAAGCAGUCUGCAGGAGAACACCACUACUGAAACUCAGAACAAGAUCACCACAAGGACCACAACGACAACGCGCAUACGCCCGGAGACGGAGAGGAAUGUUGCCAAUGACACAAAAGUCGAGCAGAGCUACGCCAAUCAAAACGGUGCUCUGAAGAGCUGCCCGAGCGAGCAACGAAGCGACGAUAAGAAAGACCAGGCCAAGUUGCCGAAGAGCGUUAAUAUUGAGUUAUCAGAGUCGGAGGGUAGGAUGGAAAACCGGGAGCCACGGUGGCGUGCGCUUACCACAACGGAGGACCCCAGGGUUCUGAUUUGCCUGUCGCCGUCGCAACAGGCCACGCAGGUGCGCACAAGUGCCGACACUCUGCUGGACCUUCACCGAAAGUUCCUAAACCGGUACAGUUAUCGCGAGGAACAGCCACAUCACGUUCCUCUGCCGCAGUAUCGGGUGGAAAUCCGUCCGGUCAAAGAGAACGACGACGCAGCUACGAAAACGCCUAAGCCGGUCACUCGAGCGAUUCAUCGAGACCCCACGAUCGAGAGUUCCAGCAGCAGGCUGCUGGAGAUUAUCAAGGAGGAGCGAAACGGUCCUCGAAAUGAUACACUUGCGGAUCAGCAGACGAAGCCGAUAACCGAUGACGCCACGGUUGAUUUUUUCGGGCGCGACGGGGGUCAGGAAUGUUUCAAGGCUGAGCCUCGGCCGAACGACUGGUCGAAUCUAGCCAAACACGAUCGCCGAAGCACCGCCACCGCGAACGAGCUAUUCCUGGCGGCGACGAGGGGCGAGGAUGGCGAAUCGAGCGACGAUAAGCGAAACGGUCACGUGGCUCGGCCCGAUCGGCUUAAGAUUGCGACAUGUUCCACCACCCAGGCUGGACAUCGACUGUUGGCGAACAGCGAUGCGGUGAUAACGCGUGAUUCGGAGAGGUCGUUCGCGAGUAACAUUAAGUGCCCGUUCGUGUUGAACGGUACUGUUGCCGAUCAAUCGAUGGACGCCGACAAGCGGACUCCGCUUCUCAGGAGGGCAGUCGAUCCCGGCAAGCACGUGAAUCCGGCGUUGAUCGACGACAGACUCGAGGUACCACCGUUGCCGAAGCGCACAGUCACGGUCGAUAGGUCGUGCAUCGAUACAACGAGCAUCUUCGACCAGAAUCCGCCGAGGAGUCGUCUGGAGCCGCGAAGAGGUCACCAUGAAGUGGAGAAACUAAAACAAGUGGCCGCUGUGGAGAUCAUGGAUAAACUGAAAGAGUUGCAGGCGGAAACGUCGCGGCGCCUCGACGGCGACAGGAGGGGCUCCUUACCUCAAGAAUACUUUGCUCAGCAACUGAGGUACAUCGAACUGUUGGAAGACCAGCUGAAGAACGUGUUACUGGCGGAAGAAGAGGAGAAAAAGGCCUUCGAGGAAUUCCAGACGCAUUUUCAUCGAACGAAACAGCACGACGAAGCGAGGAGAUCGUCUCUCGCUGAUAUCCCCGAAGAAACCUCGAAAAAAACAAGCGUAAAUCUCGAGCGCGAACGUAAAAUUCCGAUCGACGUUUGUGGGAUGACAGACGGAAAAUGUGCGGAAGAUAAGCGAAUGGAAGCCCGUGGUCUCGAGGAGAAACGCUCGAAAGAGAUCUGUCGAAGCGAGCCGGGAAUUCAGAAAGAAUCUUGGCAGGAGAAAUCGCGGAAUGUAGAAAAAAAUCGUACAGAGACGAUCGAUAAAGUUGGCAAUCGGCAGUUCUUAAAGAAAAUAUGUCACGAGAACGGACACCACGAAGAGGAAUCCUCGGAGAGUAUCGAACACGAGGAACGCCACGUGAUCACGCAGAGGGGAAACUUGGGGAGAACGGCGGAGAAUGGAACGUUUAAGUCUCGCGAGGGCGAAGUUAACGAACGUUGCGCGGAAACGCGAUCGAUAAGGACACCGAGGAACGAUUCCGAGGUGUUCGCCGAGAAGACGACUCAGCGUAAGAAUGUCGAGACGAAGAGACCGACGACGUUGGCGACAAACGGGGAGGCAUUUCGCCAACAGAUGUACGACGAGUACGUGCACAAGGUGUUGGAGCGGCAGGAGCGAAAGAGCCACAAGGUCGUGAAGAUCAGCACGCACGAGGACAUCAAGCGCAAGGCGGACGGUGACAUGAGCGCGAUGGCGAAGGAGUUCAUCGAGAAGGCGCGCAGCCGACUAAACAAAUUUGGGAUCAAUCUCGACGAGAGCGGGACGGAGCACGAGGACGAGGAGGGCGACGCCUUGAUUAACGCGAAAUUCCUGAUCGAUGGCAAGGAGCUCCAGGACGUCCGGAAGCUGCCGAAACACCUGCGGGAGUUCCUGAAGAUCUCCACGAUGAGCGACGACGAGGGCGAGAACGUUAUGUUCGCCCCCACGUUUAAAGCCUCGUCGGCGAAACCAGGCGUUUGGUCGCCAGGACAAACGCCAGCUGGAAAGGCACCGAGUCCCGAACGUACCAAAGAACCACAGAAGAGCGAGCCGAUCCCGCCGGUUUGGACCCCCGCCAGCGCCGGCGCGAGCCCCGUCGCCGAGAGGAAGGAAUUUCGUCCCGUGCCGUUCGAGAGUCCUGUACUGAGCCGGAAGAGGCAGCCAAAGGAAGAGGCGCCUCCGCCCUGGAAAGGCGAGCAGGAGAGGAAGGAGAGCGGCAUCUCGCGAAUCGUGAAUUCACAUUCGGCACCCUCCCAGGGAUUAAACGCGCUCGCGUCCACGCCGCGAUUGCCACGUGCCCAGAAUCCGACCAUCACGUUGCUGCAGAAAGCACGAGAGGGACAAUUGCCGAAAGGGGCGGCUUACUUGGAGGAGAGCGUGUCCGAUAAUCGGCCGUUGAGCGACGAGAGACCGCUGAUCUCUCCAGGAGAGAUAAUCUACACGGUGAAGAAAGAAUACGAGAGUGAGCCGGAAACGGAGCAUGAACCGCCGAAGAAGAUGGCCGAUCUAGGCCCUCGAAAAUUCGAGGGGAUCGGCCCGGUCACUAAGGAGGGUAUCCCUCUCGUGUUGAGAUCGGAAGUCAAGGAAAGCAAUCAAGCAAAAUGGUACAAGAGAAUGUACGACUCGUUGCACCGCGCGGAUAGGAACGAUGACUACGUAACCAUAAAAUACAAAUCAAGAAGAGGAGGGAGAUAUGGAUACGGAAGCGGCAGCGGAUAUUUGAGUGAACCGGAACCGCGCGCAUACUCGGAUCGAUCCGUUACUCUCGAUAGCCGCCGACGGCUGCGCAACAAGGAAAAUGACUUCACCACGGCGACUAUGCCCAGAAAGAAUGGGGCGCUGAAAUACUCGACAGAGAUUUAUAAAAAUCAGCCUGGCCGCAUCGAGGACUAUGAACCAGGGCACUCGUCGAUCGCCGAGAAGGAAGCUAAAGAGUGGUGGGACGAGGUCAUGGACAUAUUUGACGGGUGGCUGAACGAAAACGGACAUCCUCAGCACGCUAGGAUGGAGUCUCUGGGCGGUAGCGUCCGGCAGUCCCGCGUCCUCAGCCUCUCCUAUCGGCCGGAGGACAGUCCCUUCGAUCAGCGUAGCAACGCACGUGCCGCGGCCAAGCCGUACAUGACUCAUGCUCUCAAAGAGUCAGGCUACGAGAGUGACUCGACGCUGGUGUUCCGCCGACGAGAAGACAUCAGUCCGCUCAGCCUUCUGGAGCAGAGACUGGCAUACAAAACGGUGCAGAGCGGUGGCGACGUACCCCUUCAUGGGCUUCGCAAACUAGCCCCGGAACGUCCGAAGGAAUACUCGAAUGCACCCCCGCCGCCGCCAAAAUCCCAGCACUACAGGGACGAUCGCCAAGAAUCGCCGAGGCGUUAUGUGGAGGGUGAGGUGACGAUUCACUAUCGCUCGCCGGUGCGUACAGAGGCGAAGGAGCCGCUGAGCGAGGAGGAGCUCGCACGUCGCAGCGCGGAGAACAUGCGGCGCGUCUACCAGGAGGAGCGCCGUCGCAAGUACCUCCAGGAGUUGCACGACAUCGACUCCCGCAGGCACACAGAUAACUUUAUACCAUCGCAGAAGUCGCCCAUACCCCUGAAUCGCUACGACGAUUUCGUGGACGAUCUGAGCCAGCGGAGUCGAUCCCAAGAUCAAACACCGGAGCCGCGGCUGGUGGCGAGAGCGCUCUACAAUUUCGUCGGCCAGUCGUCCCGGGAAUUGACCUUCCGGCGCGGCGACCUCAUAUUCGUUCGACGACAGGUAGACAAGAAUUGGUACGAGGGGGAGUACAACGCGAUGAUCGGACUGUUCCCCUCGAACUACGUUGAGAUUCUGCCGUACGACGGUACGAUGCGAACGACACCAAAGAAGGCCCACGAGGGACAGGCACGGGCCAAGUUCAACUUUAUCGCCCAGACCAAUCUCGAGUUGUCCUUGGCGAAAGGCGAAUUGGUGGUCUUGACGAGGAGGGUCGACGAAAAUUGGUACGAGGGACGUAUAGGAAACAGAAAGGGGAUCUUCCCGAUUUCUUACGUUGAAGUCCUCACCGAACCCGGACAUCGAUCAGAGACACCGAUUCAGAACAAACCGGUCGCGUCUCCGGCGGCGCACAGUCUCUUAGCGAACGGCUCGUCCGGAGGGAAAAUGAGUAUGGGACCCCAUCAUUACGUGCCGUCCAUCCCGGUCAAUAUCAACACAACCCAGCCCCAUUAUAAUUCACUGCCACGUAUGGGGGGGAGCAAGCUGCACGUGUCGCAACUCAGCGAAACCCUGCACAUCGACACGCACUCGGAGCCGAUACCAUAUCGGGCGCUGUACAAUUACAAACCGCAGAACGACGACGAGCUCGAGCUAAAGGAGGGUGACACGGUGUACGUAAUGGAGAAGUGCGACGACGGAUGGUACGUCGGCUCCAGCCAAAGGACCGGUUACUUCGGCACCUUCCCGGGCAACUAUGUAGAGAGAUUGUGAGGAAGGCCGACGGUCCAGGACUUGGACGCCGCGCGACGCAUCAGGGCCCAGGAUAGCUUUCACCAAAGCACUAGGCGGAAUCGUUAGGAUAGACACCGAAUUUCUCAACGUUUAACCCGAUCGUCUCAGGCAAUACGAUCGCGAAGGUUUCCGCAAGUUACGGUUGGGAGAAAUUUUUAUUCAAACGAAUCCCAAUGAUGUUUUUAUUUCCUCCUUUUAUUGUAAAAGUGAAGAAUAACAAAUUUGUACAUAACACGCAUAAUUGCAACGCAUCUUCUACGGCGUAUUAUCUGUAGGUUAUUAUGCUUAUAAUUAAUUUUCCGAUUAUUCAUUUCUUUACUGUGCAAGCGCGCAUUUGCGGUUUUAAUUAUGUCAUCGUACGAAAAUUUUAAGAGAUUUUAGCAAUCAAUUUUUUAAUGACUUAACAAUUGAAUUUUAAUUAUUCUCGCAAAUCCCGUUAACACACGACACGGAGAUUUGUUUUUUCAAAGAUACCAGCUGAUGAAUCUCUUCGUCUAAUUUUCAGUGAUAUAAAAUAUUUGCUGAUUUCGUUCGAAACAUUGCACGAUAUGUAGUAAUUUCAUAUAAUACACGUAACUCGCGAGAUGUUACUGAUACAACGAAUGAAACUUCUAAUUAAAUCCACGCGAUUGCGUCGUACGGAAGUACUUUCGCCAAGUUCGGCGAACGUGAUUAAAAGGUUUCGUGCAAACGAUUCUUAUUCUUAUCGUUCUGAUCGAUGAAUAAUUCGAGAGACGAGAGGGUUAAGCGUCCACAGAGCGGGAAGUGAAAAACGUCACAAGAGUCUUCCUUUUUCGGUCUAACGACGAUGUUAUAAUCGAUAACGCAGUUAGGAUAAUUAUUAAAACUGUCAGUGUUUGCGGCGUGGCGUAAUCGGAGCUCUCGUGCGAUCAGAAUUAUUAUCGGCAUAUCAGUAGAUCGUCCAAGAUAUCGAUAUCUCAUUCGUAUAUUGUCUUCGUACAUAUUUCUGUCAUAUCGAUCAUUAUUUGUUACGAUAUGAUAUCUUUGCAGUCAACCGUUAAUGAUAUUCAGAAAUACCGAAGGUAAUCACUGAUCGUGUCAGAGUCCUCUUUGGCGUCGAAUUUACCAAAAGAUUUAGCAAGAUAGUACGCUAGGAUACGCGAGUUUGUAAGUAAAAUUUGUAAGUAGUGUACGAUAACAAUUAUAGUAACUUAUUGUUACUGCUGUUCCUGGCGACUGCUAACUUGAUCCAGGAAAGUGUC